AUGUCUGUGUCACACGAUAACAAUACCAGCCCCGGCGAGCGACUCCUCCGAGAUGUCACCAACUCAUUCCCCUCCCGUCCUCGCCAGGAUCCAGACAACGGCUCAGAACUUCACAGAGAACAUAGUGAAAGAGACGAUAAGAAAGAGAAAAGCGACGAAGACAUGAUAAACCCAAAGAAAAAGCGAUUGGCCUCCGGAGGCGGACAGGGGCCAACAGACAGACGAACAGCGACAGGAUACAUGCCAAUCGAAGACUAUGGGCUCAUUGGGAAUCUGAGAACAUGUGCCAUGGUCGCAUCGGAUGGCGGGCUUGACUACAUGUGCUGGCCCAACUUCGAUUCACCUUCAGUGUUUUGCCGUAUUUUGGACAAGGACAAGGGUGGGCACUUCACCAUCAACCCGAAGCAUGACGACCUCUGCACAACAAAGCAACACUAUCUUCCUGCAAGUAACGUUCUCCAGACCCGCUACCUCAAGGAAGAGGGUGUGAUGAAUGUAGUCGAUUUCCUGCCCCGGCCGAACAACAAGGGUAUGGAUGCCGAGUAUCACGCCCAAGUCAUUGCCAGCAAACACACUGGAGACGUACCUGAGCGGUCCGACCUGAAGAGAUGGCUGAUCCGAAGAGUCGAGUGCAUGCGCGGUGAAGUCGACGUGAACGUAGAAGUUUGUCCAGCAUUCAACUACGCACAAGACAAACACACGACCGAAAUCCUCAACUAUGGCGAGCAAGGGGAGCAUGAUCAACGAGUCGUCUUCAAGUCUAAGAAUUUGUCAUUGCAGCUCAAUACGACCAUUGACUGCGGCGAAGACGACAUAGCUUGCCCUAGCCUUGCCUUCAUGAAAACACCGGGAACCAAGCUCGGAAAUGCAGUCACCACUAGCUUUCGCUUGUUCGAAGGCCAGGCUGUCUCAUUCAUCCUGAGGGAUGCCAAUGAUCAUACCCCGGAUCACAUCGACACGAACCUAGUGGACAAGCUGCAGAUGGACACCGUCAAGUACUGGAAUCGAUGGAUCGGUGGAAGCAAGUACAAUGGCCGCUGGGAUGAGGUCGUGACCAGAAGUCUGUUCAUACUCAAGAUGCUCAUCUUCGAACCCACUGGUGCCAUUGUUGCUGCACCAACUUUCUCUUUGCCAGAGGAUUUUGGAGGCUCACGCAACUGGGACUACCGUUACUCCUGGGUCAGAGACUCCUCAUUUACCAUCUACAUCUUCCUUCGUAUGGGUUUCAGCUACGAGGCGGAAGCUUACUCCAGCUAUAUGUUCCAACGUAUCGAUGAGGCCAAGGAACGGAAAGUGGGCGCUUUGCCUAUCAUGUUCACGAUCAAAGGAGAGACAGAUAUUCCGGAGAUCGAACUCGAUCAUCUGGAAGGCUAUCGAGGUAGCAGACCAGUUCGAAUUGGUAAUGGAGCUGCGUUCCAUACACAGCUUGAUAUCUACGGAGAGCUCAUGGAUGGUAUUUACCUUCUCAACCGAUUCGGCAGGCCAGUUACCUACGAUCAAUGGCUCCGCGUGCGAGAAAUUGUUGAUUACGUCUGCGGCAUCUGGAAGGAAUCGGAUAUGUCGAUCUGGGAGGUUCGUGGGCAGAAGCAGAACUUCGUGUACAGCAAGAUCAUGAUGUGGGUUGCCAUCGACAGAGGGCUGCGACUCGCAGACAAACGAAGCUUACCCUGUCCUCAUCGACAAGAGUGGUACAAAGUACGCGACGAGAUCUGCGAAGAGGUAAUGGACAAGGGCUAUAACAAAGAGCUCGACUGCUUCAUUCAAAGCUACGAAGCCACCGAAAUAUUGGAUUCGGCUGUGCUCAUAGCGCCGCUUGUGUUCUUUAUCGCACCGACCGAUCCUCGGUUCCUGAAGACAUUGGACCGUAUCUUGAAGGCUCCAGAGAAGGGUGGCCUCACAAGCACAGGCCUCGUAUAUCGGUACAACGCCGCGAAGAGCGACGAUGGUGUUGGUGGUCGAGAGGGUGCUUUCUCCAUGUGCACAUUCUGGCUUGUUGAAGCUCUUACUCGGGCGGGCGCCUACGACGACAAAUAUCUAAGACAGGGUGUUAACAUCUUUGAAAACAUGCUGAGCUUUGGCAAUCAUCUGCACAUCUUCUCAGAAGAAAUUGCGCGUUCUGGCGAACAACUUGGCAAUACUCCGCAGGCUUUCAGCCACCUGGCCUUGAUCUCAGCAGCCUUCAACUUAAACAGAACGUUGGCAACGCACCACAGACGGUAG